GGGACCACAGGCGCCCGCCACAACACCUGGCCAUUUUUUGUUUGAUCAUUCUUAACAUCUGCUCCAGUUCCUCACCUCUGACCUUUGAUGUCCUGGAACAUCAAACUCUGACCGUGGUAGCUGACCUUGUCGUAUAGAAUGUGACCUGAUUUAGAAGUGAGAUGUGACUGAGGUGAGUGCCUACAGGACAAGGCGACUCUCCCUCGGUCCCCAAGCAGCCUGGGGACCUGCGGCAGCGCCAACUUUCCCAGCCCUGGGCCGCGCGAAUGCAGCUCCAGCUCCGCGGCUUCUUGCCCGGAGAAGCCCUGUAGAGGGCGCUGUCCGACGCCCAUCGGCGCUCGGAGCUGCGGCGGAAGAACCCGGGCAAGCGCGGGCCUCGGCUCGCCGGCUCCAAGGCCCGCUCCCAGCCCUCCACCUUUCAGAUAACUGCUCUCCCCUGGGCAGCUUGCGGGGAGGGCGCGGGAGGGCAGCUCGACACCCUGCACUGGUCAGGCCGUGCCGACCUGCUCCCCAUCUCCAAGAGACAGCUGCCUGCUGCCUGAUUUGUGAUUUCAAAAUCAAGCUUUGCCCUGCAAAUUUUAUAUUUUGUCUAUUUAAGGUCAAAUAAACAACUCCACAAAAUAGGUAAAUAGUCACUUGCUGCGACCGCAGGGAAAGGGCACAGCGCAUCUCAGCCACAGGCGGUGGGUGGUGCAGGAGACCGUGGGGUGAAGACCACGUGGACCGGUCCCACCUCCCCGCGCCCCAGGGACCGCCCCCAGAAGAGCACGCCGUUCUGAUUGGCCUAGAAGGGCUCAGGAGCCGCCUGCCCUGUGGGCCCGGAGCCAGAGGCCACGCCUUUCACCGCGGUGCUGGGGCACUGGCGGUGAGCUGGCCUGGCGUCCUGGCGCGCUGAGCUGGGCGCCUAGCAGCUGCUCCCUCCGCGCGCGUCUCUCUCGGCUAUGGGCGCCAGCUCGUCGGUGCUGGCCCGCGUGGGCCUCCCGGCCCCGCGCCUCCUUGCACGGCCUGGGUCCGGCUGGCUCGGGGUCGCCGCGCUGGGAAUGGCCACAGUGGUGCUGGGGGCAGUCGCUUGGCGCCGCGGGCGGCCCAGGCGGCGUCGGCGGCUGCAGCAGGUGGGCACAGUGGCUCAGCUUUGGAUUUACCCGGUCAAGUCCUGCAAGGGGGUGCCGGUGAGCUCGGCGGAGUGCACCGCCAUGGGGCUGCGCAGCGGCCACCUGCGGGACAGGUUUUGGCUUGUGAUCAAUGAGGAGGGGAAUAUGGUCACUGCUCGCCAGGAACCUCGCCUGGUCCUGAUUUCCCUGACAUGUGACGGUGACGGUGACGCCCUGACGCUCAGCGCCGCCUACACGAAGGACCUGCUGCUGCCCAUCAAAACGCCCACCACAAAUACAGUCCGCAAGUGCAGAGUGCACGGCCUGGAGAUUGAGGGCAGAGACUGUGGCGAGGCUGCUGCACAGUGGAUAACGAGUUUUCUCAAGACACAGCCCUACCGCCUGGUACACUUUGAACCUCACAUGCAACCGAGACAUCCUCACCACAUAAAAGACGUGUUCCCGGCCAAAGAGCGGAUUGCUUACCCAGAUGCCAGCCCAUUCUUGAUUCUUUCUGAGGCAUCCUUGGCGGAUCUCAACUCCAGGCUAGAGAAGAAAGUUAAAGCAACUAACUUCAGGCCCAAUAUUGUCAUUUCAGGAUGUGGUGUCUAUGCGGAGGAUUCUUGGGAUGAGCUUCGUAUUGGUGAUGUGGAACUGAAAAGAGUGAUGGCUUGUACCAGGUGCAUUUUAACCACAGUGGACCCGGACACUGGCAUCAUGAGCAGGAAGGAGCCACUGGAGACGCUGAAGAGUUACCGCAAGUGUGACCCCUCUGAACAAAAGUUAUAUGGAAAAUCACCUCUCUUUGGACAGUAUUUUGUUCUGGAAAACCCAGGAACAAUCAAAGUGGGAGACCCUGUGUACCUGCUGGGCCAGUAAUGGGAACCACAUGCCCUGGAAUAUUAGACGCCUUUCAAAAAUGUCCUCAAAAAUGACAAAACUUGAAGCCGUGUUUCAUCUGACACCUCAGCAUUUUCUUGAAAUUUGUGGUUUUGAAGUUUUUCCUCUUUUGGACUGUCUUCAUGUUUUGAUAAUAUUUCUAGUGUCCCUGUGCACAAAACAAAAAAAUAUAGUUUUGAUAACUCAGUGGGACUCUACAACAUUCUGAAAACUCCCUAUUUAACUGUGACUGUGGGAUAAUUCUCCUGCUUCUCCAUUUAUCUACCAAGAGUGCCAACCUCCUAUCUUCUCACUACGUAUACCACUCUUCAGGGAAAGAGAAGAGAAAGAGGAAGAGUGAGUGAGCCAGAAAGAUGUUCUGGAAUGUCUCAUUACUUCUGUGGCUGGGGCAUGCAGUAAAAAUUAAAUUACUGCCCAAAUAAGGCUGAGAUGCAACUUCGAUUUUCUCCUCAAUCCUCAAUCUAACUUUUCAAAGGGCAUAAAAGGCCUGACUUUUAGGAAGCGCUUCCAAGUGUUAAUUUAUCAGAUCUUCUUGAAUCUGGCACUACGUGAGUCACUAUGGAAAGUUUUGAGGCAGGCUAUGUUAUGGUCCAUUAUUUCACUUCCAAGAAACACAGUUGACAGCGUCACUUCUGAUUGACCCAUGCAAGUUUCAACUCGCUCAGCUUAUUGGUGUAGCUGGGAGGACUUUGUUUCCAUUUGAGUGGAUUUUACGUUUCUUGAUUUUCGUGUAUCUCAGAACUUUUGUAAUGAUCCACAUAUUACUUCUCAGAUUGCGUUUGAUUUCCUAAAAGUUCUCCGAGAGGUGGUUGUGCUGUCAUAAAGGCCUCUGGAUCCUGGCUGGUCCCUUCAACCCGCGACUCAGUAAAAUUCAGGGUGAAAAAGUUCUGAAGUCUGUGGAGGAGACCUCUGAUGGUGUGAUUUGAAAUAGAUCACUGAAAAUCUUUAAAAGGAGAAGAGGACAGGAUAUGUUACUUUGUUUAAAAUCCAAUAUCUAAUUUUUUACUGAACUAUGCAAUUCUGAGAUGUGAGUCUUUCCUUGCCAUUUGCCCUUUGAUUGAAGGACAGUUCAGUCCGUUAGGAAGUUGACUGAAUCAUGAAAAAUGUUUUAAAAACUAUAAAUAAGUGGAAGUUACUGUGACUAAUUUCAGAUCUUAGUAACUUCUUGGCACAAGAAGAAGACUUUAAAAGCUGAAUGAGGUGAACAGACAAAGCCAAUACUUCUGACACCUGACCAGACCUGGGUUUUCUGAAAAACGGACCUGCUCACAUGCUUCAUAUCCCUCAUCUUUGAAGAGUUAAUGAGUAAACGUGCUUUUUAUCAAA